UUGAUGUUUUUUCGAUUUGUUGGGGAUUUGUUUAAGUGGAGGGGAUAUGAGAAAAAUUGCAAAAAAAUUUACAUUUUUAGUCUGAAGUUUGCAUCUUUACCUCCCACCUCCAGACUUGAUGCAAAAUCUAGCAAAGAACACUGUUGGCCUUUUCCUCCAACUAAACCCUGUUAGAAUCAACACUCUCCACUCCUCACACCCCAUCAAAAUUUCAACUUUGGCAUCUGCUGCUAGAACCCACGCCCAUUUGUUAAAAUACGGGCUCGUGUCGCAUACAUCGAGUUGGAACAAGAUCCUCACUGUGUAUGCGAGGUCGAGGAGGAUCAUAGAUGCCCGAAAGGUGUUUGAUGAAAUACCUCAACGGGAUACAGUCUCUUGGAAUUCUUUAAUUUCUGGAUAUGUAGCCAGUGGUGAUUAUAAUCAAGCUUGGGAUAUUUUUAAAACCAUGUUGAGGAGAGGAUGGGAGUUUGAUCAGUACGCACUUGGUAGCAUUCUGAAGUCAGUUGCUAGCUCCCGUGAGUUAAGGAUUGGGCGUCAAUUGCAUUCUGUUGUUGUGAGAACUGCCCUUGACCAGAAUGUGUUUGGGGGGAGUGCUUUGGUUGAUAUGUAUGCCAAGUGUGGUAUGAUUGAAGAUGCGUAUUUGGUGUUCAGUGCAAUGCCUGAACGUAACACUGUCUCAUGGAAUGCAGUGAUUACUGGCUAUUCCCAAGUUGGCAAGCCCGAAAUUGCUUUUGGGCUUUUUGGGCAGAUGGAGAGGGAGGGGAUGAUGCCUGAUGAGGGUACAUUUGCUGGCAUUUUAACGCUGGUCAAUGAGACUUCAUGUUACAAAUUAAUGACCCAAUUGCAUGCUAAGAUUUUAAAGUAUGGUAGUGUGAUGAGUUCCAUUGUGUACAAUGCGGUGAUCACCGCGUACUCACAAUGUGGCUCAAUUGAUGACUCAAGGAAAGUGUUUGAGGAAAUGGGUGGGGUUAGGGAUUUGGUGACAUGGAAUUCAAUGCUUGCAGCUUUUGCUUCUUAUGGACAGACGGUGCAUGCAAUCAAACUUUUCGUUUGUAUGCAAGGUGUUAGAGAUGACCAAGAUAUGUACAGUUUCACUAGCGUUUUAAGUGCUUGCGAACAUGGUCAGGAUGUACAAGGAAAAGUUAUUCAUGGUCUAGUCAUUAAAAGGGGUCUAGAUUAUGCAAUUCCUGUAUCUAAUGCUCUUAUUACAAUGUACAUGAGAUGUAGUGAGAGUUAUUCAAUGGAGGAUGCGCUGAAAUGCUUUGAUUCCAUGGAAUUCAGGGACAAGGUUUCCUGGAAUUCUAUCAUUACUGGACUCGCGCAAAAUUGGUUUAGUGAGGAUGCAUUAAAGUUUUUUGACCAUAUGCGAUCUGUUUGUAUCGUGAUUGAUCAGUAUGCAUUCUCUGCUGCACUGCGAGCUUGCUCGGACCUAGCAGUGCUUCAGUUCGGUCAAGUACUCCAUGGCUUAGUUCAUAAGGCUGGUUUUAUCACAAAUGAUUUUGUGUCCAGUUCAUUGGUAUACAUGUAUUCUAGGUGUGGGGUGAUUGAUGAUGCAAGGAGGUCAUUUAGUGAGACGCACAAAGAUAGUUCAGUGAUAUGGAACUCAAUAAUUUUUGUACAUGCGACAUAUGGGCUGGGGCAAAUUGCGCUUGAUCUUUUCAAUGAGAUGCAAGAAUUAAGAGUAGAACCAGAUCACAUAACUUUUGUAGGCCUUAUUUCUGCAUGUAGUCAUGCUGGUUUAUUGGAAGAGGGCUCACUAAUUUUAAAUUCAAUGGAGCCUGUUUACGGAAUUCCACUGAGAAUGGAGCAUUAUGCAUGUGGAGUCGAUCUCUUUGGUAGAGCCGGGCAGCUUGACAAAGCAAUGGAUCUAAUUGGAUCAAUGCCUUUUGCCCCAGAUGCCAUGGUUUGGAUGACUCUAUUAGCUGCAUGUAGAAAUCAUGGCAAUAUGGAGCUGGCACGACAUGUUGCUGGUCAUUUGCUAGAGUUAGAACCUGAAUACCAUUCUACUUAUGUUCUUCUGUCACAUAUGUAUGCUGGUCUUGGGAUGUGGGACAAUGGAGCGAUGAUACAGAGGGUAAUGAGGAAUAGAGGGUUGAAAAAAGUCCCUGGCUGGAGUUGGAUCGAGGUGAACAACAAAGUGCAUUCAUUUAAUGCUGAAGAUAGAUCACAUCCUCAAGCUAAAGAGAUAUAUGAAAUUAUAAUAGUAUUGAUGGAGACAAUAAAGAUGAUAGAUCAAGAACAUCUUCAUCCGCUGAGGCACAUUAUAGCCCUUGGAUAGUUCUAGUUUUUGUUUCGAUUGCCAACCAGGGUCUGCUAAUUUCUUUUUCUUUUUCUUUGUAGCACCUUCUGAAUUCUACUUCUUCAUUAAGCUUGCUGCCCCUUACUUUUUGUAGGGUAUCUAUGACAUAAGACAGAAAAAAUGACCCAUACCACUCUGGAUUGUCAAUUUCUUAAUUUGCUACAGUAGUUUACACUUUACAGUCUUUAGCCUUGAGCAACUUGGGUUUUAUGGGUUUACUUUUUGCUUGUACUGAAAUUGUUGGGUACCAUCACUAUAUUUAAUGAGAGGAAUCCAUAAUUUCUGGUAGCAUACAUCACAUACAAAUCAAAAUAGAAUUGCAUUUUUUUGUCUGAAAUAUUUUCACAAAUUGUAUCAACAUCGCUUACAUAUAAUAGGAAGAGAACUUUAUGUCUAAUUUAAGUUUUUGAAUUUCUUGUCUCUAUCUUUGAGACAUCAAGGAUUUUUUUGUUCUAUAUGAAAUCUGAGAACAUGCGCUGAUUUAGAAACCACCUAUUCACUUGAAUCACAUCACAAUUGCUGAUUCUCCAAAUAAGAAUGCUAUCCGCAAAACAUCAACCUUGUUGCUACAGUGUACACAAACUGUACAUUGUAAACAUUUGGGUUAUUGAGGGGAAUUUGACUGUCGAAAAUUUUCUUUGCACAGGAACAUGAUGUUCUUUUCAACAUAAGCAGUUAAGAUACGAUCAGACUCCUCCUUUUCAACUUAGUUAAUUAAGUUAUUAUCUCAUCAGAAUUUUGUCCUUAAAGGUUUUCUAUUUGCGAUAGGUUAUCUGCCUCUUGAAAUUAAUUUGUAUUUGAGUUAGUCAAACUACUUAAGAGUGAAAGAACAGGCAGGAAGAUGACCUGUGGUUUGUAUGCUUCUUUUUUUAUAUAAUUGAC